CUUCUGACCGCAGGAACACUCAUAAACAAACAGUGUUUCCCUUUUCCUCACCGAAUGUAGUCAACAUUUAUUAAGCUGUUUGAGGGGAAAUGUGUGAGGUUCUUAUUUGUAAUGCCUGGAAGAUUUUAGUGUGGUAUUUUCCCUGCACGUUUUAAGGUAUUUACUUCGUCAGCCAAAGUUUGUACUGCCUGUUUCUACUGCGGCGCGUACACAUUGGGAACUUGCUGGGAGAUGCUAACAGGAGGUGUGAACAUAGUCCAAUACCAGACCAAACAGGGAGAGGGGGACGGAGACAGCCUGUCUAGUUGAGUCGAGCAAGUGUGAAAGCCAGCUUCACCAACACCGGAUAUGAUGUCACCAAAUGCGUGAACUUAACCAGGUAACUCAGCAGUGAUGUAGUCAUUCAGCGUCCCAGGCUGUCCCCAGAACGACAUAAUAAACUGAAUUUUGAGUCAACCCAUUCAUGAUGGAUGAGGACACGCCAACCCUUAAGCCCCGACGGAUCCAGAAUCAGAAUGUGGUGCAUCGUCUUGAGAGGCGAAGGAUCUGCUCAGGCCGUCCAGGAGCUCACUGGUACAGUGUACGCUGCUUCCACCAGAACCUUUUCCCCAACUUUACUGUGGUCAAUGUGGAGAAGCCCCCCUGCUUCCUGAGGAAGUUCUCACCCGAUGGUCGUUGCUUCAUUGCCUUCUCAUCUGACCAGACAUCUCUAGAGAUUUAUGAAUACCAAGGCUGCCAAGCGGCUCAGGACCUGCUAAGAGGCCAAGAGGGCGAGACCCUUCUAACAGCCAAUGACCAGCGCUCCCUCAACAUUCGAGGUCGCCUGUUUGAGCGUUUUUUUUCCUUGCUCCACGUCACUAAUGUGGCAUCCAACGGAGAACACCUCAACCGUGAGUGCAGCCUCUUCACCGACGACUGCCGCUACGUCAUCGUCGGCUCGGCUGUGUACGUCCCUGAGGAACCGCCUCCAUACUUCUUUGAGGUGUAUCGCAACAAUGAGUCGGUGACUCCAAAUCCUCGAUCUCCAUUAGAGGACUACUCCCUCCAUAUUAUUGACCUCCACACUGGCAGGCUGUGUGACACCAGGUCCUUCAAAUGUGACAAGAUCAUCUUGUCCCACAACCAGGGACUCUACCUCUACAGAAACAUCCUAGCUGUGUUAUCGGUCCAGCAGCAAACCAUACACGUCUUUCAGGUGACUCCAGAUGGAACAUUUCUCGAUGUAAGGACCAUAGGGCGCUUCUGUUAUGAGGACGACCUCCUGACUCUUUCGGCCGUUUACACGGAGGCCCAGGCUGAGAGCCAGCUGGGCUUCCCGCGCCUCUACACAGAAAAAACCAUCAACUCUCUAAAGCACAGGCUACUGGUCUACCUCUGGAGGAGGGCGGAGCAGGAUGGCAGCGCUACCGCCAAGAGGAGAUUUUUCCAGUUUUUUGAUCAACUGAGGCGACUGAGGAUGUGGAAGAUGCAGCUGCUGGAUGAGCAUCACCUCUUCAUUAAAUACACAAGUGAAGACGUGGUUACACUCAGGGUCACGGACCCCUCACAGCCGUCCUUCUUUGUUGUAUACAACAUGGUGUCUACAGAGGUGCUGGCCGUCUUUGAGAACACCUCCGAUCAGCUGCUGGAGCUGUUUGAGAAUUUCUGCGACCUGUUCAGAAACGCCACGCUGCACAGCCAGGCGGUCCAAUUUCCCUGCUCAGCCUCCUCCAAUAACUACGCUCGGCAGGUCCAAAGAAGAUUUAAGGACACAAUCGUGAAUGCCAAAUAUGGCGGCCAUACGGAGGCGGUGCGUCGGCUUCUGGGUCAGCUACCCAUCAGUGCGCAAUCCUACAGCAGUAGCCCUUAUCUGGAUCUGUCACUCUUCAGCUACGAUGACAAGUGGGUGUCCGUUAUGGAGAGGCCCAAGACCUGCGGAGACCACCCAAUUCGGUUUUAUGCACGUGAUUCUGGGCUGCUGAAGUUUAAGAUCCAGGCGGGCCUGCUGGGUCGACCGGUAAACCACGCCGUACGACGCCUCGUCGCUUUCACCUUCCAUCCCUUUGAGCCCUUCGCCAUUUCUGUCCAGCGCACAAAUGCUGAGUACGUAGUCAACUUCCACAUGAGGCAUGUGUGUGCGUGAGGACCCGGAGACUUAGAACAUGUCUUUUUAGGACACACCAACCAAAUUAGGAAGUACUCUUCCUUCAGCAUUCACUUCACCUCUGCCCC